UGAGUCGGCGAACGCCAUUUUGACAGAUGCGUAAAAGUUGGUGAAGUGAUUGAAUAAAUCGAAAAAUCUGUGUUCAUCCGUCCCGAUUAACGAGUGAACGUUUUAUUUUAUUGUUAUUUCGUGUUAACCCAUCUGGACGGACCAAGGCAAAGGGUUCGUUCGUAGGGUUCUGCUUGAUCUAAAUGGUUGCGUGCAGACAGCAUGUCUACUUUGUCAGGGACAGCCUCCAAAGGGGAGAAGUCAAAACCGAAAUUUCAAUCCUUGGAUAUAAAUAGUUUGUACAAACAUAGCAGGGGCGAAAAUACGGAAAAACCAGCGCAAAAAAACUCGUCGGUCUACAUCAAACAUGGCAUGCAAAUAUUGGGGAAGGUGCCAAGCGCGCGUCGCGCACCCGCCAAUCUUCCGUCUCUGAAAUCCGAGCACAGCGGAUCGGACGCGGCGGUACCGUUAGUGCCUCCCGGCGCAACAGGAUGGGGCAAGCAGCAAGACGCGCCGGCGAACCAGCAGCCCGCCGCGGUCGCCCAAAACGGUGCCAACAACAACGGCACCGUCGCCAACCACCAUUACCCGACGUCAUCCUCCUCCUCGUCCGCCUCUCCGAACCAGCCGCCGCAAUUGACGCCUCACCAGCAGGCGAUCGCGUUGCCCGUCACGACCCCCAUUCCCCCACACACCAGCAAACAGGCCGCCCCACCUGCGCCGGGGGCGGCCGGCGCCGUCCCUUCCGCCGACAAACUGUGGAGUUCGGUAAUGGCCGGACCGCAGGACGGACAACAGCCCCCCAUUUAUCAGAGCCCGCAGUUCCAGCACGAGUUCCCCAGCUUGUCCGCUGGCGAUGGCGCCCCCGCGCGUUCCGACGCUCCGUACGGCGCGAGCGGCCUAAGCUUGCGGCCGCAGACCGAGGGCUCGUGGACCCAAGGCGGUCAGAGGCCCGGGGCGCCGGAAUGCCCGGUCGCCAGGGCCGCCUCGGGCCAGUCGGGGGGCCCGCCGCAGCUUCAGGGCCUGGCAGGCCGCGCGCCCGAAGCUUUCCCGCCCCAAAUACGCGGCGUGAUGCCCUCGUUCAUGUACAAAGGUAGUUUCCCGCAGGGAGGCGGCGGACCCGCUCAACAAGCGGCCGCGCCGCCGCCCAACCUUCAGGCGCGGCGCGACAACGGGCGACCGCCGCGUCUCGCGGACCGCGACGGGCCCGCGGAAGAGAUGACCCCGAGGCCGAUCAUCCGCGAGGAGGAGCUCAGUAAGUUGGACGAGAUGAGCAACGACCUGGGGUGGGCGGCGUCCGACGACAUCGACUAUAACCAGAAGCUCGCGUUCAGCGAUGACGAGUCGGAUCGCCAAUCGAAGAAGGACGUCAGUAGGUCGCACCACCAGCACCACCAUCAGCCGCCCAAGCAGCAGGAGGCGCGCGGAGAUCGCCAAACGCCGCCGCGGUACUGGAAUUCGGCGGCCCCGCCGCAGCCCUCGCGCGCUUCUAGCACCCGCGGUCGCUCUUCGGAGGACGAGGACCCGUGGGUGCAGCGACAGCGCCAGCACGAGAAGGACGUCGGCAUGGCGAUACAGCGGGCGAAACAGCGCAAAGAAGAGGAGGAGAAGCGGUUCAACGAGGAGAAGCAGCGGGCGGCGAAGAAGUUGCAGGAGCUCGACGAGAAGAUGCGCGAGAAGCGGUUCCGCGACCGCGAAUCUGAAGUGGGGACGAUCAAUCCGUCGAACGUGCCGCCGAAACCGAUCAACCACCACGUCGACAUCCCGUUGCCCGAGUUCCAAAAGGAGAAGGACGCGCGCUCGUCCGAAGCCCGUCCUCCUAGCGACGUCAAAGACGACGGUUCGUCGUUUAGACAGCUGACGUCGAUCGAGGGCAAGAGCUUCCCGUCGCGUAAGCAGCCGCCGCCCACGCAACAGUCGUCGUCCUCGUCGAAGGCGGAACACCGCGAGCAAAACGGGCCGAGUUUCUCGCGCCAAUUCCAAAACGACCUUCCGCCGCGGUUCAAACAGCAGCGCGGCGGUAACAACACCGCCGUAGCCGUCUCCGGCGGCGGCUACCAACAACAGCCGUAUGAUUUCGGGCGGUGGGCGGGGACCGGUGGUCCGGAAAGCGAGGAGCGCGCGACCGACUACAAGCGCCAGAGCUCGGACGAGGGCCACCGCGGUCCCGCCCACUCUUACGCGCGGUUCUACGGCGACGAAGGCGCCGCCCCGCACGACAGGUGGUCCGUCAAGGACAAGGCGCCGAAACACGGCGAGUACGGCGACGAGAAGAGGCCGCAGCGACCGGACAGUCGGCGUUCGCGCGACGGCGAACCGCCGCCGAUGGGCUCGUGGAACGAGGUGAUGGAAUCCGCGUACGAGGAGAAGAGGGCGGAGCGCAAGGGCGCGCCGCUCGUUCCGGGGCCGAUCACCAAGGACCGCAUCGAGGCGGAGGACGUCAGCGAGAAACGGAACUUGACGCAGCUGAAGAAGGGCGAGAUGGCGGCGGUGAUGCCCGCCGCGAAGAAGCAGCAGGAGCUCGUCAAGAAGGAGGAGAGCGCGUGGGCCGACUGCGGGCCCGACGACGACGUCGCGACGGACGAGAGGCACCACGCGUUUGAUUUUCGAAAACCGGCGCCGCCGCCGCCGCCGCAGCAGCAGCAGCACCAAGACGAACCGCCCAACAGGCACCCGAGGAACCAACAGCGGAGUUUCUCGCAGAGCAAGGGGUGGGGCGGCGCCGCCGGGUCCGAAUAUCAUUUACCGGCGCAGCAUCCGCGGGGAUCGUGGAACGCGAAGCGGCAACCGCCGCCUCGGGGCGGUCACAAGCGCGACUAUUACGGUCACGGAACGGACAGCGACGACGGCUCGACGACCGACAAUCACUCGAUCGAGUCGAGGGAGUCCAAGGCGAAACAGCGGGUCGGGGACAAGGACGAAAAGAAUCGCGACAAUAGCAAAACGGUCGGCGAGCAGAAGAAAGACGGGGGCGGGACGAGGAGCGGCGGAUACGUGCCAAAGGGCGAGCCGUCGCGACACGGUCGGGGCGGAGCCAACUUCCGGGGCAGCCGGAUGGGCGGCUUGGGCAAGCGGAUCGACGGUUACGGGCCGCCGCCGUCCAAGAGCCCGUUCGGUGGCGGCGGUGCCGGCCACCACGACGACCGGGAAAAGAAGGCGGCGACCGCCCCCUCCCCUGCGGACGACGGACCCAACGACGCCGACAAAACGAAACUUAACCAGGAAGCGCUCGCUGCCGGAAUAAUCGGCAAAAGUCGCCAGUCGGCGACGGAGGAGGACAACAAGGGCCGGACGAAAGGCAGACCGGAAACGAGACGGAACAAGUCGAAGGGCAGAAAGGACGAGACCCAGGACACCAAUUCCGAGAACUCGGACGGUAAAGAUGGCAGGAGGUCGUUCGCGGGCAGGCAGCAGAGGAGCGGGCCCGGCAUGAGGAGCAGGAAUAACGCGCCGCCUCGCAUGGGCGGCGGCGAGAAGAAGCAACCGUACGACGGCGCGAGCAAGAGGGCGGCGGACCCGCGGAACGCGUCGGCGCACGCCAUAGCCGACAUUACGUUGAAGGGAAAGGAGGACGGCGACGAGAGGUCCGAGAAGAACGAGCACAGCGGCGACUCGGAGGGUUUCCAAGAGGUGAAGAGCAAGAAGACGAGCAAGGAGCGGGUCAAGGGGGGGCCGGACGAAAAGAAGCCGCCCGCGAAGAGCGACGCGAAGGACGCCAAACCCGAGCGGAAGCCCGUCGGCGGAGCGCCAACUAAAAAUCCCGGCGUCCAACCGACCAAACAGCAACAGUUCCCGGCGCAGUCGCCAAAUCAAACGCCGCCGCCGCCGAAAAACACCAACCAAUUCGAUUCGAGGGCGGUGCGUCAGACGAAGCUGCCGCCGCGAUUUGCCAAACAAAAAAUGCAGAAGCAGCAGCAACAGAUGCAGCAACAAAUGAUAAGCGACGGCGGCGACGCGGUGGCGGGCAAACUGCAACCGCCCAACGUCGCGAUGUACGGCACGAAGGAGGCGGUCGCGGCUUCCGCGGUCGGCGGAUGCGCGUGGGAUAAGCCCCUCGGGCCGCAGUUGCGUGGCGGCGUCGAGCGCGAACCGGCCCCGCCUUCCGGUAUGCUCGGCAUCGGGGCGGACGGCGCCGCCAAGCCGGAACCGCCGGCACCGAGUCCCGGCGGUGACAAGGCGGCGUCGGCGGCGGCCAAGUCGCCCCAACUGCCUACCGACAAACCGCUGCUGGACGGCGCUACUCCCCCCGUUAACACGAUCAUUUUCGAGAACACCAACUUUAAGUCGGCGCCGGGCGCCCGUGGGGCGGCGCCGCGUAACGGCGGCGACAAGGCGAGAGCGAAACCCGACGACGACAUGGACGGCGGCUGCGGCGUGUUUGCCAAACCGAUCAACGAAUUGCUGCAGAAAGCGGAGGCGGGCGUUGGCGGCGACCCGGACCCCAUUCAGUUGUCGGCGUUCAAGGAGGACACGUCCGACAUGAAACUGGACUUUUUCGGCAGCGAUCUCGCCCAUCUGACAGACGACGGCGGGGCGAAAGUGACGCCGUCGAAGACGCUCUGCAUGUCGAAGAGUAUGACUAGCGCGAGCAGCACCAUCUGCAACGCGGACUCGCUCAACAUGAAAAUCGCGUCGGUGAAGAAGGUGUGGGAGACGAGCGAACAGGAGACGGAGGACGGCGGGGGCGGGAUCAGUUUCGGCGGCCCCGUGCUCGAUCCGAGCGUAUUUAAGGGCAACGACGGGCAGGACGACGGCCACGAGGGGUACAGUCCCGGGCCCAAUCAGAACGCCUCGACGACGACGAACGUCUGCAAGGUGAAACCCACUCAACAGGUGACCGGCGGCACUAGCCAGACGGUGACGACGAGCCAGCAGCAGCACUCGGCGAUCGUGGCGCACGCGAUGCUGUUGGGCACGCCGUUGUCGCCGCCGCCGAUGGCCGCCCCCGCCGUCAUCGGCGCCGGGGUGGGCCUCGGGCCGCAGCAGUACACGCCGGCGGCCGCCGGCCAGCACAUGGGCUUUCAGACGACGGGCCACGGCCCCGCCGCGCCGGCCGGCUCCACGCAAUACGGCAUCCCGACGAUCCCGUCCCCGCCCACCGUGCUGUACAAUUCGACGCAGCAACAGCUGCAGGCCGCGGCCGCGCAGAGCGGCCUCUACGGCGCGUUCCUGCCGACCGCCGAUCAAGCGAGCGUCUUGGGCGGCCAGGGGCGGAGCCAAUUCUCGCAGUACGCCCCGUACCACGGCCUGAGCCAGGCGGCCAGUUCGCCGUACAACGCUCAGUCGGUGUACCUUCAAACGGCGGCCCAUCCGCCGCCGACCGCGCAAGCUCCGCCGGAGCUCUACCCGAACAUAAACAGCUACAGGCUGUCGGCGACCGCGCCUUUCGGUCAAAGUCAGCAGCUGAACAAUCCGACGACGGUCCUUAUCAGUUCGACGAGCAACAGUCUGAUGUCGGCGACGGUCAAGCCCAGCAAUCAGCAAAUCAGCGCGAUAGGCACGAAAGCGGGCGGAGUAGGUCAAGCGUACCAGCAGCAAUCGCAGCAGGGCCAGCAAGUGUACAUGUACGACCCGUCGAUUCAGGCGGCGAAUUACUUGCCGAGCGCGAGCGUGAUGCAGCGCGGCCACGCGGGGCCCGUGCAAAACAGCGUCAUGCAGACGCUGCAGGCGUCGUCCUCGUACUAUUCCGGAUCGACGGGCGCCCAGAACGGAUAUUUCCAGCAACCGGCUAAUUCGACGUUGCAGUCCGCCGGGCAGCUGCCGCAGCACCAGGCCGGCUACGGGCUUCAGAGCAAUGUAUUCGGGACGCACGGUCAAUCGCACAGCAACACCGGUCUUCAGGGCUACAACUCGCACUUUCUCUCGACGUCGAUGCAGAUGGCGGCGGCGGCCGCGCUUAACGCGCAGCAAUUCAUGAAACCGAACCCUUACAUGAAGAGCGUCGGCGGCGGCCAACAGAUGGGCGGGGAGCAGGGAGUCGCGAGCGGGAACGCGGUGUCCGGCGGCCGCCCGCAGCAACUAAAGAGCCCCGGCGGCCAGGAGACGCUCUCCUCCGUCUUCAACUCGGUGUUUGGGGUGGUUGCAGCGCCGCAGAUACCGUCGCCCAAGUCGCGCCCAAACGCCAAGCACAUGCCGCAGCAGUCGAGCCCCACGGCGCAGAGGAAGUAUUUUUAUCAGGGCGUCGGUCAACAGAAUAACGUUCAGCAGCGGUACCCGACGCCGAUCCAGCGGCCCGUCAAUUUCCAACAGCAGAACAUGAACCCGGGUCCGCAAAACAACCCGGCCAAUCAGAAGCACAGAUCUAACACGAACAAGCCGCCCAACAGGCAAUAUUAUAGCGGCCAGAGCAACGCCCUCUCAGCCGGUCAGACCGACAAGGGGGAGGAGUCGAAGGCGGGCGCGGAGUCUAACGCGGUGAAAACGAUGAACGCCAGCCCCACGGAAAUGAUCAAGGACAACAUUAAGGAGGAGGCGGCCGCCUUGAAGGACUAAUCUUUAAGUUAAGCACUAAAAAAAAAAUGGUUUACGGUUUUUUUAAUUAUGGAAUUGCGAGCAGAGCGCACGUUUCGCGCGUUUCCUACAGAUUCCUAGGACGAAAGUGUAUUUAACAUACUUAAAACAAGAAAAAGUUAUUUAUUACGUCGGUAGGUGCUGAAAAAACGUCACCGGUUACUAACCUAUAGGUAAGCUUCGUGUACGUGAAAUGACGGUGUAAAAAUUCGAUUUCGAGUAAAACGCGGAACAGAGAAGCGAAAAAAAUCAAACCGCGGAGUUGCGGCACAGCUUUCUCCAAGGCACUGUAGCUUCGCCUCAUGUAAUUUUUCUACCAUAACCUUCUCCUUUUCGAUAGGACUUUUUACGCGUAGCGGGGACGGCAAUAUAGUGUACACGAUGUGAGCAAUUAUUUUUUCUGCAUCCGAGUUCGAAAAUUUAGAAACUGCGUAUUCGUUUAGUGAGAGAAGUGACACACAGCGAGAUGUUGUUCGUGAGACGAUAGACAAAACCGUAGGACUGCCUGUUUUGUUUUUCUUUACAGUAUCAGCAGAUUUACUCGGAUAAAACUAUGUCUUAAGAUAUUAUUUAAACAUUCUAGUAAAAUACAUGGUUUAAAUAAAGUGUACGGCAGUUUCCGUUCCGAUAUAUCCUUUUCUAACCCCAACCCCCUCCGUCAACUGACUAACACCG